CAUCCCGCCGCCGUGCGGAACAAUCAUGAAGCUGGAACUAGGACUUGUCGUGAUUGCAGGGCUUUUCGCAUACAUUCACGCCGACACGUGUGCGGUAUGCGAGACAACAUACGAAACUGGUCUUGGUACAGCAGCCGAUGACGCUGCAAAAUGCACCCUCUUGAAGGGCUAUCUUACCUGUCUGGAAACUGGAACAACCCCCGGUUGCCCGCUGACCACUGUUCAAGCUGCCAAAAUACUCAGCGAUUUCACAUCCUUCGCAGGCUGCACACUGACCGACUCUUGUACAUGUCAGAAGGAUUAUUGGGGCACCGAUUUAAGUUCAAGUCCAGGCGACUGCACCGCUGCAAAGCUUCGGGCAUCCUGCCUCAAAACUGAAGAGGCCGUAGGAUGUGAUGGAUCGACAACGGUGGUAGCCUUAGCCACAACUACAGAAACAAUAAUCACCAACUUGGCAGGUUGCACUGUGACAAAUACUGCCUGUGGUUGCGAGCUAGCCUAUGCCAAAGCUGACAUAAGUACCGAUGCCCUGAAGUGCUCUGAAGCUAAGACGUACAUCGGCUGUUUGAAGGAAAGGACAGACACUGGAUGUGACGGCACUUCGACCGUGUCUGCCUUGAUCACCGCCGCUGAAGGAACCAUUACUGGUCUUACUACAUCUGUGUGUAGUGCUAUUGCCGGCACCCCAUGUGGGUGUGAAUCAACGUUUGGCAAGGCGGACAGAAGCGACAACACCAAGUUAUGCGCAGAAACCAAGAAACUUGGCGGUUGCCUGAAGACGCUAACGGGUACGGCAUGUGCGGGCGUAACAGUUACAGCUCUUGUUACAAGUAUUGAAAGCAGCAUUACAUCUAUUUCCGGAUGCGCUGCUGUGACAAAUACUGCCUGUGGUUGCGAGCUAGCCUAUGCCAAAGCUGACAUAAGUACCGAUGCCCUGAAGUGCUCUGAAGCCAAGAAGUAUAUAGGCUGUUUGAAAGAUAAGAGUGGAACUGGAUGUGACGGCACUUCGACCGUGUCUGCCUUGAUCACCGCCGCUGAAGGAACCAUCACUGGUCUUACUACAGCUGUGUGCAGUGCCAUAACAAGUACGGCAUGUGAAUGUGAAGCGACUUAUGGCAAGGCUGACAGAAGCAGUGAUGUCACCAAAUGCACAGAAACAAAGGCGUACGUGAAUUGUCUGAAGGACAAGACAGGGACUGGUUGUGACGCGACAACAGCAGUGGCGGCCCUCGCAACAGCAGCAGAGAGCACUAUUAAUGCAAUCACUGGAACUCCAUGCACCCUUGUUAACACGGCAUGCUACUGUGACGUACAAUAUGCAAAGUCAGACAUCAGCGAUAAUACCAAGAAGUGCACUGAAGCCAAGAAGUAUAUAGGCUGUUUGAAAGAUAAGAGUGGAACUGGAUGUGACGGCACUUCGACCGUGUCUGCCUUGAUCACCGCCGCUGAAGGAACCAUCACUGGUCUUACUACAGCUGUGUGCAGUGCCAUAACAAGUACGGCAUGUGAAUGUGAAGCGACUUAUGGCAAGGCUGACAGAAGCAGUGAUGUCACCAAAUGCACAGAAACAAAGGCGUACGUGAAUUGUCUGAAGGACAAGACAGGGACUGGUUGUGACGCGACAACAGCAGUGGCGGCCCUCGCAACAGCAGCAGAGAGCACUAUUAAUGCAAUCACUGGAACUCCAUGCACCCUUGUUAACACGGCAUGCUACUGUGACGUACAAUAUGCAAAGUCAGACAUCAGCGAUAAUACCAAGAAGUGCACGGCGCUGAAGAACCUUGCUAGUUGCCUUCUGGGUAAAACCGGAACCGGAUGUGACGGAUCAACUACUCUUCGCAGUUUGGCCUCCGCAACUAGUUCAUCUAUUACAACACUUGGUGCAACCGUUUGUCCCAAGACUAGCAACUGUGACUGCGAGAUCGCCUAUGUUAUGGCCGACAUCAGUGAUAACACCAAAACGUGCACUGAGACAAAGACUCUGAGCACAUGCAUUGACGAAUCUUUGAACAAUGGCUGUGGAACCAUGGCAACACGAGCAAGUAUUGGCACCAAGGCACAGGAAGCGUUCACAGACAUUGGAUCGACAGCAUGUCCUAUCACCGAUGCCUGUCAGUGUCAGAUCAAUUUCAACAAAGCCGAUGUCAGUACUAACACCAACAAGUGCAGUGCAGCCAAUGCUCUCUCCACCUGUGUAGGGGCCAUCACUGCAACUACUCAGGCCGCCUGUGAUGGAACCACCCUCAAGGAGGUGUUGAAGACGAGCGUGUCUGCCCCUUUCAUAACCUCUUUCUGUUCCACAGGCAUCAGAGUAGAUAGUUCCUCCAUGGCCUCGCUGCUGUUGCUGAUGCUGCUGCUGCCCCUGGUUACUGCCUUCUUCUAAAGGCUCACAAAUGACAUUAUCUCUCAUAUAUUACCGAAAAUGCAAAAUGUCGAAUAUAAAAAAAAUAUGUAUUCAAUACGUCAGGUAUCUGCUCUACCUUUACAUAAGCAGGAAGGAAUAUGUCCUCAUCCUUUUGUUUGUGGUUUGCUGUGAUCUGAAAGUGCCAAAGAAUAUUUAAGAAUAUAGUUUCUCUGUUAUAUGCAACAUUUACCAUCCUCCGUCCAUUUGUAUUGUUACAACCAUGCUGUCAGUAUCAUAUAUAUAAACUCAGAUUAUUGAAACUUAUAUCAGUCUGUUUUCAAAUGGUUGUUUUUUUCUUGCUAGAUUAUGAUUAUUUAUAAUUACCUUUUAAAAAUUGGUGGGAAAGCGCAAAUUGGAUUUUUUUAAAAUUGUUUUGUUGUAACACUGAUUACUGAUUGGUUUUUGUUAAUGAAAGCGGAACGUUCCGUCUGAAGAUCACAUUGACCAAUGAGAAAUGAGGGAUAUCGAAAGAUCAGAAAUUCAUUGAGGCAUGUAUUUCCAUUUGGAAAGUGGUAUUAAAAAGUUAUAUUAAUGUUUGGGUUUUUCCACUCUCAUGGUGACACUUUGAUGAUGCAUUGAGUGUCCCUGUUGUCCCUUUCCGUAGCAGGAUUGCGCUCUGUUGAAAUAAAGCUACACCAUGAA